AUGAGAGCACUUUCUAUACUACUAUUGCUAUUCACUACUACUGCAUCCAUAGCGAUGGAUAUGGAUACAGAUAUGGGUAUGGGCACCGACAAUGAGAGGGAUCAUGAAGACGUACAUGGUAGUAUUGUGUCUUCACCAUCAUCCAGCAAUGGUGACUCUUCUGCCAGUGCAGAGUUUACAGCAACUAUUGCUUCGCUACAACCAACUCCCCACGUCAUGAAACAUCAACAUGGUGCACCUAUCUUGGAAACCCAUUUAUUACCAGAAGAACGUCUUUUUUGGGAGAAUUACAACACCACUACUUAUUUCACUGUACCAUCAAACCAUCGUCCUGCCUUGUAUAUUCAUAUUGUCUUGGGUUUGAUCUCAAUCUUUAUUGUUUACCCAAUUGCUUUAAUUUUUAACAAUUUGGGAUUAACAAAGACGUAUCUUACUACAUUGUUGGUACAUUCCGUAAUUAUGGUGUUGUCAAUGUUGAAUUAUACUAUUUUUGUCAAUUCGAUACCAGAUAUUUUCCCUGGUAAUGCUUACAAUUCAAUGAUUGGAAUUUUAUUUGUCACUACUAUUCUACACUUUGUUUUUGCUUUGAUUACCAGCAUAACUCCAAAAUCAGGUGGCUCUUCUGCUUCUGUUAUUGGUGCUGGCGGCGCUUCGCCCACCAGUGCCAAUGGAGGUUCUUAUUUCACCCUUCAUUCACCACCAAUCGGAUGCUCUGAUUCUGAUGAGGAUGUCGAUGAACAACUGCUGGUUGAAUCGGCUCCAUUGAACUAUGAAAAGGUAUUUACGCCACCAACAAAAUUACAAAAGUUCAAAACAUGGGUAGCGGAAACCAAAUUCCACUGCAUUUUCAAUAUUGUCUUUAACUUAUUAAAUUGGGGUCAUUUCUUUUACUACUUGGUUUUGGUUCCAACUGGAGUUGCUACAUUUUGUGUCUAUGGUCAGGGCAAAUCAGUUUUCAAUUUAUUAGCACAUUUUAUUAAAGGUGGUGUCUUUUUUGCAUAUGGUAUUCUUACAUUGGCAAGAUAUAGCGGGGCCUUCACAAACAAAGGAUGGGCUUGGAAUCAUAAGUUUGUUAGUGCUAAAAGAGGUAACGUCCAUAAUUUCUGGACUAGAUUUCAAAACAGAGGUCUUUGGACAAUGGAAAUGAUUGAAAGUUCAUUAAUCUUAUUUUAUGGAUCAACCAAUAUCUUUUUAGAACAUUUAUCUAAUGCUGGUGGAGAGUGGUCACCAAAAGAUUUACAACAUGCUUCAAUUGCAUUCAUUUUCAUUGGAUGUGGAUUGUGUGGUGUUAUUACGGAAUUGAAAUUACAAGAUUGGCGAUUUGAACAAGCAGUGGCUAAUUUAAGAAAAUUGUCAUCAAAUGGUCAUUCAGAAAGUGAAGAAGAAACAGUUGCCGCUUUAAUUGAUUCCAAAGAUAUUGUCAAAGCUAGUCCUGGUUAUAGUCCUAAUCCAUUUCCUAUAGUUACCAUCUAUUGGACAGGUAUUCUCAUGUCAAAACACCAACAAGCAUCACAAUUAUCAACUGAUAUUCACGUUCAAUGGGGUAACUUGUUUGUUCUUGGUUGUGCAUUCCGAUUCUUGACUUAUAUUCUUUUGUUAUUACAUGCCAGUAAACCCAAAGAUUUAUCCAAACCAAGUCGACCAAUUACUGAAUUGAUUGUUGCUUUUAGUUUAUUAUGUGGUGGAUUAAUUUUUAUGGAAUCGACUGAUCCUGUGAUUUUAUCAUUUGAAUAUUAUGGGUUAACAGCAAUGUUUACUUUGAAUAUAUCGUUGGGAUUUAUUACCUUGUUUAUGAGUUGGGUGAUGGUACUUUUUGCAGUUAAAGACUGGUUAAAGAAUAAGGUAACACCAAAAGAAGUGGUGUAG